AUGUCUGUUAACACAGUAAUGGGCGUUAGUUGUUUCUUCUGUGCGGUAUUAGAUAAACGGAGCAGAAUGGUAAACAGGUAAUGGCUUGUCAACACAGAGGCUGAUUAUGUUAAACAGUAGUUUUACUGGCAAGUCAGGGCUGUAUGCCAGCGGCUUCCUCCCAACAUCUGUAUUGGUCUUGUUAAGUCUGUCAUUCCUCAUUUACUCUGCUUUUCUAAUGUACUUCAGGGUGGUGGACAUUUAUAUUUGUUUGUGUCAUGUCUCCAGGCGGCAGUGUGUCGGUGCAGUCAGCCUCUCUCUGGCUUCAGCGCUCGCUGUUUAGAAGACGAACACAUGCUUCAGGCCAUCAGCAAGGCCAAUCACAACAGCCGAUAUAUAUAUGUGAUGGACACGCGGCCUAAGUUAAACGCACUGGCGAAUCGUGCGGCAGGGAAAGGCUAUGAGAAUGAGGACAACUACUCUAAUAUCCGCUUCCAGUUUGUGGGCAUCGAGAAUAUUCACGUGAUGAGAGGAAGUUUGCAGAAGCUUCUGGAAGUGGUGGGAACGCGUUCACUUUCCAUGACUGAUUACCUGGUUGGACUGGAAAACAGUGGAUGGUUGCGUCAUAUCAAAGCCAUCAUGGAUGCUGCUAUAUUCCUUGCUAAGGUAAAACUGUAGUCUUCUUGCAUGCAGUAUUAUGCCCCUGAUUAUUUAGUAUCCAGGGGUAUGUUAGUAAUAUUAUUAUUUUUUUUUUAAU